GGUUCUUAAUCACUGAGCCGCCAGGGAAGCCCUAUUUUAUGGUUAGCAUAGAAUAGCAUAGCUUUUGUGUCCUGAUUAAGAAAUCCUUUUUUGGUUCACCCUGCUCCCUCUCGUGCUCACAUUCUGCCCUGCCAUGCCCUGCUCUCAGCAAACAAGUCGUCUCCCCCAGCAAGGUGGCCCAGCUUGCAGAGGAGGGCGGCAUACCGCUCCACUUUGCCCAGCUCUCGGAGCACACCACCGCCCAGACCAAGGGGACUACAUGCACCGCAGGCUCUGACCUGUACACUGCCUGUGAUUGCACAGUACCACCUAUGGAGAAAGCCCUUGUGAAAACCAACAUUCAGAUGGCAAAGGAAAACAACUUCAAGGUAGAGUUCAAAUCCCAGCAUCAUCUCAGGAGCUUCCACCAACAUGGGGCAGCAGAAAGCCCCCGUUCCUGUUCUCUGGACAUGCUAUUACGCAGAUUGAGGGCCAUAGAAGCCAAGCAAGAUGAUAAGUUUGCCACCAUCAUGGAUGCAGUAGGGGAGUUUGGCACAUUCCAGUGGAGGCUGGUGGCCCUCACCUUCAUUCCCAACAUCCUGUCUACCUUCUUAUUGUUUGCUGACAUCUUCAUGUUCACACCACAGAAGCCCUAUUGCAACACCAGCUGGAUACUGGCAGUGGGCCCCAACCUGACAGAGUCUGAGCGGCUGAAUCUGACCCUGCCCCGAGCACCCAAUGGCAGUUUCCUGACUUGCCUCAUGUACUUGCCUGUGGACUGGAUUCUGGAUUCUAUCAUCCAUUUUGGGCUCAACCGCAGAGACUCAUGUCAAGAUGGGUGGAUCUAUCCUGAGGUCAAGAAGCGAUCACUGAUCAAUGAGUUUGACUUGGUGUGUGGCAAGGAACCGAACCCGGAAAUCGUGCAGAACAUGUACUUGGCGGGACUCUUGACAGGGUCUUUCCUCUUCGGGUUCAUAACUGACAAGCUGGGCCACCACCCAAGCAUCCUGCUGUCGCUGCUGGGACUGAUCAUCUUCGGCUUCGGGACAGCCUUUGUCAACAGCUUUCACCAAUAUCUGUUCUUCCGCUUUGGCGUGUCCCAAGCUGCGGUGGGCUACGCCAUCAGCAGCGCGUCUUUAAGUGAGUGGCUAGUGGGCAUGCACCAGGCCCACGCCAUCAUACUGGGACACUGCUUUUUCGCUAUGGGGGUCAUGUUCCUGACAGGACUUGCCUACAGCCUUCCCCACUGGCGGCUGCUGUUUCUGGUGAGUGGGGCACCUGUGUUCCCCUUCAUCUCUUAUAUCUGGAUUCUCCCAGAGUCCCCACGGUGGCUGAUGAUGAAAGGGAAGCUGAAAGAGGCCAAGCAGGUGCUGUGCUAUGCAGCUGGUGUGAACAAGAAGACCGUUCCUUCAAGUCUGCUGGAUAAGCUGCAGCUGCCUGGAGAGAAGGUGACUACGGCCUCUAUCCUGGACUUCUAUAGCAACAGGCACCUCCGCAAGGUGACCUUGGUGAUGUGCAGCAUGUGGUUUGCUAUCGGUUGCAACUGUUACAUGCUGAGCCUCAGGAUGAAGGAAUUGGGAGUGAACAUCCACUUCACACAAGUGAUUCCUGGCAUGAUGGAGGUGCCCGCCCGGCUGUGCUGCAUCUUUCUCCUUGAGCAGUUGAAGAGGAAGCGAAGCCUGAUUUUGACUUUCUUCCAAGGUGCCCUCAUGUGCUUCCUUAGCCUUCUGCUCCCCUAAGGGGAAGUGGGGAGAGCCCUGAGAUGGCCACAUUGUCUGGCCACAGAGUUGAAAUCCCUCUUGGUCUUGAUAAUCGUGCUUGGGGAGUUCAGCCUGGCCGCCACGGUCACCGUGUUCUACAUCUACACUUCUGAGCUCCUCCCCACUGUCCUCAGGGCGACAGGUCUGGGGCUACUGUCUCUGGUCUGGGCGGCUGAAGGUAUCUCGUCCUUGAUAGUCGUCAACCAGAACAUCGCCAUCCUACCCGUCUUUCUCUGCUGCAUCUCAGCCUUCGUGGCUUUGUUCUUCUGUGUCAAGCUGCCAGAAACGCAAGAUCAGCCCAUCCCUGACAGCCUGAAGCACCUUCCCCCAGAGAGAAGGACCUUGAGCGAGGACAUGUCGAGCGAGGACAUGUUAUGUGACGAUGUGACAGAGGAAGUGGCCAAGAACACCAUUUUCAACGCCACGAUGACAAAUGUGGACCAAGACAGUCUCUCCAACCUGUCUUUGCAAUCUGGAGCAGAGGAAAUAGACAAACAGGAGGACUGAGGGCCAGGCCCGCAGAUGAUCUCGGGUUGGAGUUGAGUGGCCGGAUCUGGGGCUGUGGAUCUCAGACCAUGAUUUCCGGUCCCAGUCCAGCUUGGUGGGGGCAGGGUCAGUCCUGCCCCGAGGCCAGCCCUGGAGAUCCAAAAAUGGCCCCUUCUCGGGGAGCUAGGGUGUGAUUCAUUCCAAUAAAGGUACCAUGUUGGACUUGAGAUGACUAGGUCAAAAUUGGCUGUGUCUGGAGGACCCAGAGGCCCAAGCCAGGAGGAGAGUAGUUCAGACAGGCUUUUCAGAGUCCUUAAUGUCUUAGCUGACCUCUGAGGAUGAGGAGUUGUCUGAUUGGGGAGUGUGGGUGGGCCGUGUCUGUGAGGGCCGGGAGUGGGCAAGGGCGCCACUCGCUUCCACGCUGCCCACAUCUUUUUAGCCCAGGCGUCUGCUAGUGUGGGUGGUCUUCCCGCUCAGGUGCAGGCUGAGGACAGGUUCCACAGCCCCGCUGUGUGUGUGUUCACCUGCCAAGGCAGGGGUGGAAUGUAAAGGAAUAAUGAGAAAUUCUCCCUUUUGUGCCAUGGCACAAGGGCUUUCUCACUCCCUCUGCUGCUCCCAGAUAAGCACGGCCUUGGGGGGUGUCUCCCCUGAUGAUUCCAUCCUGGCUGACCUCUGACCUCCACCACCCUGAGAAUAAGCCCUCAAGCCCCAGCUCACAGUCCUGACUGCCAUGAGGGUGAGUCUGCAUUCCCAGCCAGCAUGGGGGUCCCCCCCGAGGCAGGGCCCAGGACUCCUCAUCCACUGGUCAGACCUGGAAAUCUUUGGGUCAGGCCCUGGGCUCCACCUCCUAUCUCCCUGAGAGGAGAGUCCCUGAGGGUAGGGGCGGGCUCUUCUCUCCCUGCUCAGUUUAUUUGGAAGAUCAUUAUUAGCUUGCAGGGAGGUGCUAACCGCUGGAGCUUCUGCGGGGAGGAGAGAAAAGAAUGUCCGCCUUCAUGGAGCCUGGGGUCUCCCGGGCAGAAUUGGAGAGCAGGGCAGCAGGGCACAGCUUCUGGUACCCUGACCCAAGCACACUGCUUUGGGCGCGUGCUCCCAAGCUUCAGGACAGCAACAAGCUGGUGCCAGGCCUUCCUCUUAAAAUAUCAUUUUCUUUUUUUUUAAAUUGAAGUACAGUUGAUUAACAAUGUUAUGCUAAUUUCUGCUGUACAGCAAAGUGACUC